AAAACGGAGAUAAAUAUUGAAACGAAAAAAAUACUUUAAUGUUGUGGAAUUAUUUUUGUUCGAAAAAAAGAAAACAUUUUCUGUUUGUUUGUUUUAAUCUUUCACGAUAGAAAAAUAAAAAAUAAAAACAAACAAAAAAGGAAGGCGGUAAAUUUGUAAAUCAUAUCAUUCAACUUGUUUGGAAGGAGAUAGGAUCAGUAGGAAAGUAGUCAAAAUCAAUGCAUUGGUUGUAUCGUAAUCAUUCACAAAUGAUCAUAUCCUCUUCAAAAUUAUUCAAUAUUCAAUUUUUUACUAAUUCAAAAUGGAUGAAAAAAUAAAACAACUUGAAGACGAUGAUGAAGAAGAUGAUGAGGCGGAAGAGAAGAAGGAGGUGGAAAAACGACGAACAGACGGUGAAAAACAGAAAACAUUGGACAUCACCAAUAAACCAGAAUGUUCAAAUCCUAUGCCAAAAACACAAUCGGACAAAUUUGAUGCUGGGCAUCAUGAUGAUGAUGAUGAUUUUAAAGGAUUUAAACGUUUCUCUCACUUUUUAUUCAAUCAACCAAGUACUGAAACUGAUAGUUUAGAAAUAUUCCAAUCAGCUGAUUCGUCAAGAUUUCUAGAACAUCUGAAUGAAUUUAAACAUUCAACUAGUGGAAGUUGGCAUUCUGUUCUUUCUAAUAUUGAACAUGUUGAUACUACUAAUAAUAAUCAUAAAAGUAGUAUUAGUAGUAGUAAUAAUAAUGAUAAGCAAGAAUAUUUAUCAAAAUCUAUCAUAGAGAAUUCAUCAAUAGAGAAUAUGCAUAGAAGAAGUUUCCCUGAUCAAAGAAAUUAUCAUUUAUCUUUGGAUAACACUGAUGAUGAUGUUGACCGGGUCAUUAUGCGUAAAACAGAUUCACAUGACAAUGAAACUAAUCCCUGCGAUGUAAAUAAACAUUCAUUCUCAACCCAAUCCUCUAACGACCAUCAACAUCAUUAUGAGGGACAAACUAAAUUUCUUAAGCAUAAAUAUAUCAAUUCAAAUGAUCGUAGUCAUCAUCAUCAUCAUAAUAAUCAUAACAAUAGUACCACUGAACUACUUCCUCGAUCUUCAUGUACAUUAAAACGAACUGCUACAGAACAUAUUACUAAUCGAUAUAAAUAUCAUGAUAGAACAGAUUCAUCUGUAAUACCACAACAACAACCAACUGAUGAGAUCAUUAUACCAGAAAAUGCUAUCAUUAUACGUCGUAAAUCAACUAUUCGUUGUUUAUAUCCAAGACAGUAUAGUAGUAGUGAAGCAAGUAAACAAAAUGAACAUUCCAUAGAUUAUGAUCAUCAUAAACAUUCAAUAAUUGCUGGUAGUAGUAAUUUGCAUGAAUUGGAUACGACACAUUUAAGUGGAUAUCGUUUAAGUGAACAUUUGAAAUCAUCAUUUGAAAAAGAUGAUGAUAUGAAGGCGGAUAAUUUAUUAGAACGCGAAGCACAUAUUGGAGCGUUAGCAUUAGCUUGGGCAUCUGGAACGCAUAAAUCGAAAAAAAUAUCAUGUGAUAAAUAUUCAUUGAAAGGAGAAAUGUCAGAUAGAGCAGGAGGAGGACAAGUGAAAUUACGUCAACAUCAUCAUCAUCAUGGUGAUCAUAAUGCUCAGCAUAGUAAAUCAGCUAUUAUGAGUUCAGAUAAUUUUGGAUUUAAUGAUUAUACUACUAUGAGUAGUCAAAAUUAUAAUAGUAAUAAAAAGAAUCGAAUGACAUUAUCUACAUUACGUGAAUUGAGUACAUCAAUUUUCAAACCAUCAAAAAUGAAUUUAACCAGUCCCACAUAUCGUCAAACUACUGUUCCACGACAGAAAUCUCAUUAUUCAACUGAUGAAACUGGCAAUCUUGUAGGUAGUAGCACAAUUACAAAUCAAAUUAAUCAUGAUGGAAGUCAUAUUCCUACUACUACUACUACUACUACUACUACUACUACUACUACUACUACCAAUACUACUAAUCAGAAUAUUAGUAGUCAUAAUAGUAAUCACAACAAAACUGAUCGUUAUUUAAUACCACAAAAUAUUAAACAAGCUAUUAUUAGGAAUACAGCAAAAAUUGCCCUGUCACCAAUUAUUUACACGAACGAAGAGAGCGAUAACAAUCAUGAUGAUAGUGACUAUCAUCAUUCAAAACCUGACACAUUAAAACAAACUAUUGAUGAUCAAUGUUCAAUGAAAUCUAACCAAUCAGAACAACAAUCGAUCACAAAAGAUCAUCAUGAUCUACCGGAAUCUUUAUCUCACUAUCAACAACAACAACAACAACAAAGUGAAGAAUCACACAACCUAAUCGAUAACGACUCACAAUUCCUCAUACAAUCUAAUCCAAACUCCUCUUCUUCUUCUUCUUCAUCUUCGCUACAAUCCACAGAUCAAUUACAUGAAAAAUUCGAUACAGUCGACAGUGAUACUACUACUAAUAAUACUACUAACAAUAAUCGACCAAUUGGUAUUCGUGGGAAAAUACGUCGUAAUGCGGAAGAUUUACGUUCUUUGUAUGGAACAAAUGGUCCAUUGGGUUCAGUACAGCCGCAAAUUAAUUAUAAAGCAUCAAAUCGUGGUAUUGGUUGGCGUUUACAUUGGCGUAAAUUAUUUAAUGAAAGACGUAGAAAAUUAGCUGAUUAUUCAUUAUUUUUCGCUGUCAUGGGUAUUUUAUUAAUGGUAUUUGAAUUAGAAAUGAUUAUGGCGAAAGUUUAUUUAAGGACAUCGAUUUAUUCUAUACUAAUAAAAUCAUUGAUCAGUGCCUCAACACUGAUUCUUGUCGGUCUUACAUUAGUUUAUCAUGCAGUUGAUAUACAAUUAUUUUGUAUUAACAACUGUAUAGAAGAUUGGCGUAUAGCAAUGAAUUGUCGAAAAAUUUCCCUAACUUUAAUUGAAGUAUUCAUUUGUCUUGUACAUCCUCCACCAAUUCUAUCUAAUUACAAUAUAUAUUCAUAUCAAAAUACUUAUUAUACUACUACAACAUUGUAUGAUCAUUUUAAACAAACACAUGACACUAUGUUCAAUGAUCAAUAUUCGUUCGCUCAUUCAUCAUCGCAUAGUAGUCCAAUCGAAGAUACAUAUUCAACAAAAUCCUUCAUUACUACUACUACACCAUUAUCAUUAUUACAUAAUCACUCGCAUAGAUUACAACAUCAUCCUAUGAAUGAGAUACCAUUUCCAAAUGUACCUUAUACACAUUCUAAUGUAAAUGAACCACUGCAUUAUGAUAAACCUGUACCUAUGAUCAUUUUAGAAUUGACAUUUUCAAUACCAAUGUUUUUACGACUGUAUUUAAUAUUUCGUGUUCUAUUGUUACAUUCAACAAUGUUUACUGAUGCUGGUUCACGUAGUAUUGGUGCAUUGAAUCGUGUAAAAAUUAAUGUUAGAUUUGUAUUGAAAACAUUAGCUACAGUACGUCCCGGUACAAUGUUAUUAAUAUUUAUUUUAUCUAUGUGGAUUGUAACCAGUUGGAUUAUGCGUGUUUGUGAAAGAGAACAAAAUAAAGAAUAUGAAAAACUUUUAAAUUCCAUGUGGUUAAUUGCGGUGACAUUUUUAAGUAUUGGCUAUGGUGAUAUGGUGCCGAAUACUAAUUGUGGUAGAGCAAUCUCUGUACUAGCUGGUGUAAUGGGUUCAGCAUGUACAGCGCUAGUUGUGGCAGUUGUCGCACGUAAAUUAGAAUUAACAAGAGCUGAAAAACAUGUACACAAUUUUAUGCAAGAUAAUAAAUUUUAUAAAAAUCUUCGACAUUCAGCUGCAAAUGUUUUACGUGAAACAUGGUUAUUUUAUAAAUAUACACGUCUAGUAAAACGUGUUAAACCAGCUAGAGUAAGAAGACAUCAAAGAAAAUUUUUAACAGCAAUUAGUCGAUUAAGAAAAGCAAAAGAUAAUCAACGUAAAUUGAAAGAAGAAGCCAACUCAAUGGUGGAUUUAGCUAAACUACAAACUAGCAUUUAUGAAACUGUCAAUCAUAUUCGUGCUGAUCAAACAAUUUUUGUUCAACGUUUAGUUGGUGUGGAAAAAUGCAUGACAUCAAUUCAGUCAUAUGUCAAUCAAAUGUCCGAUACAUUCACAGGUAUCAUUGAAACACUUGGAACUUGUAAUACAACAACUUUACCAUUAGAAACUAAUGACAACAUGUCAUCCAAUACAGAUUUAAAUUCAUAA